AUGGCUCCUCCCACGACCCAAGCCAGUACAAAUGGCAAUGAUCCGGGUGCAGCCACGCAGGCAACUGUUCAGUACCCCCACCCUGGCCACGUCGCCUCGAGCAAGCAGUACAUGACUGAGGAUAUUAUUGCCCGUCUACUACGUGAGGAUAGGUCAAGCUCCAAAGAGGAUCAGUACAGAAUUGAUGGUGUAACCCUGAUCGAAAAUAUUAGAGAAGCCAUGCAGCUACCAGUCAAAACCUUUGAUGCUGCCUGCACCUUCUACCAUCACUUUCGCCUGAAGCAUCGAGAUGUCGAUUACCACUAUCAAGACGUGGCAAUUGCUUGCAUAUUUGUCGCUUGCAAGGCAGAGGACACCUUGAAGAAGUCAAAGGAGAUUAUCUGUGCUGCAUAUAAUCAUAAGGACAAUGUUGAGCCCAGAACCCAAGAUGACAAGAUGUUUGAGCAGCCUGCCAAGAUUGCCAUCGGUAUUGAACGACUGAUCCUCGAGACCAUGUCCUUCGAUUUUCGCGUUCGCAACCCGCAGAAAGUUCUUGUCAAAAUGGUCAAGGACGUUCUCGCUGGAGAUGGCACAAUGGCGUUCAUGCCCCUCGCGUGGGAUAUGUCGUUUGACAUGUACAAGACAUUUGUGCCGCUCAAGCAGACAAGCUUCACCAUGGCCUUUAGCAUUGUUCUGCUUACUUCGCGCAUCAGCGGAUUGGCUGCUGACAGGAUCGAUGGAUUGGAUCCCGAACAUUGGCACACGUCUCGUGGUCGCGUCAUGGAGACGGUGCUCGACUUACUUGACCUAUACACGCAGCAUCAAAAGCAGACAAGGCUUGGAGAGAAAUUCGAUCCCGCUAAGUUCAUUGAUGUUAAGAUCCAGCUGAACAAGGAGAUGGAGCGCUCAGGCUUGCCUCGAUACCAGAAGCACUGGUGUGACAGUUGCGGAUCUGAUGAUGGUGCAACUUCCCUGCUCACUGCUGCCUCCAACAACAGUCGCACUUCCACUAAGCAUGGAAGAGACCAAUUGUCCGGAACCAACCGCUUUGUAUUCGAUGCGGAAGAGGCCCAACGAGAGAGGGAAAUUGUUGCACCGUACUUCGAGGAUGAGUACGAGGAGCACGAGAUCGAGGUCGAGGAGCCAAUCCACGAGCCCCGCGAGCGGCCUCGCGAUCACCGUGGUCAUGGCCACGGACAUGGCCACGGUGGUCAAGGGCGCCGCGGUCAUGGUUCCGAUGGAUGGUACGGUGGCCGCGGGCGUGGUCGUCGCGAUCGAGGACACCGUGGUGGCUUUUACUAA